AAAAGUAUCAAAAGUUUUAAUAAAUGUUAUGUUAAAUAAUUUUAUAGAUCAAAGGAUUUAAAUAAAAACAAGUGAAAGGAGGAUAUUUGUUUGCAACUGAUUUGUUAUUUUUAAUGACGGUAAAAGUUAACUUUUUUAACCAUAAAAGUGUUUGGAGUUAAAGAACUGAGUGAAGUUUUUUUUUUGUUAUACGUGCUUGUUAUAUUAUAGUGAAAAUUUCCAAUAACCCCGAACCCGAGGAUAUAAUUAUUGUUCAGAGCUCACCCUAUCUAUAAAUGCAUUGCGGUGGCAACCGACAUUGAACGAUGAUUUUGGUCAUCGGAUUUUUAAUUCCCAUCUUUGGGAUUGUACAAGUACAAGGCUCAAAAUGUGGCCAUCCAGCAGUACCAAUGAACUCAAAAGUCUCACUGUCAAACGAUUCAUUGUCAGCUGGUACCUUGGCGACCUACACUUGUGAUGCCGGUUACGAGCUCUUUGGACAACCUACCACGACGUGCAGUAGUCGGGGAAGAUGGCAAGGCGAAUUACCAUUUUGUGGCACAAACGUUGGAUUUCGUAAGCCCGCUAAUCAAUCAACAACUGUACGAGGUGGUGAUGCUAGCCACGGUAAUGACGGAGACACAGGAACUGAGCAUGAUGGAAAACGAUGCACAGAAACUCAAAAUGAACCUAGUCCAUGGUGGAAAGUUGAUUUAUUAAAAGCUUAUUCUGUAAAAGUCGUUAGAGUGACGACUAGAGGCUGCUGUGGUCAUCAACCUCUCCAAGAUAUUGAAAUAAGAGUUGGUAAUAGCAGCGUUGAACUACAAAGAAAUCCAUUAUGUGCCUGGUUUCCUGGAACUAUCGAGGAAGGCAUUACAAAAACAUUUAUAUGUGCAAGAGCACUUGUAGGUCAAUACGUUUUUCUUCAACUAGUCGGUGUGGAAGGAAGUUUAAGUCUCUGCGAAGUUGAAGUUUUUGCAACAAAUGAAUUCUCCAUUGACAGAUGUGCACAUGCUGGUACUCCGGCAGACGCUGACAUUGCAGCAUUUGAUUCAACUUGUUACGAAUUUAUAGUAACAAAAGGUGGUUCUUUUCACGAUGCAAGAAAUUAUUGCAAAUCACGCAGUGGAGAUCUAGUCCAUGGUUUUAAAGGUGUAUCAUCAACUUUUAUUCUGAAUAAUUUGGAAAAAAGAAAAGACAAAUUAAAAACACAACUUGUAUGGAUUGGUGCACAAAAAGAACCUUCAAUAACGGCAAGAACUUGGCGAUGGGUUGACGGUGAAAUUGUUCAAAAACCAUCAUGGGGAAAAGAUCAACCUAACAACUAUAACGGCGAACAAAAUUGUGUGGUACUUGAUGGCGGUAGAAGUUGGCUUUGGAAUGAUGUUGGUUGUAACUUGGAUUAUUUACACUGGAUUUGUCAAAGCAAGCCAUCGAGUUGUGGGAGUCCUGAUAAAUAUGAGAACACAACGAUUAUUGGCACAAAGAAAGCAAUUGGUUCAGUUAUUCAAUAUGUCUGCCCAGAUGGAUAUAUGCUAAUUGGUAAUGAAUCUCGUGUAUGUGAAGUUGAUGGAUUUUGGAGUGGCAAACCUCCCACUUGUAAAUACGUCGACUGUGGAACUCUUCCGGAACUAGACAAUGGAGAAGUUAAAUUAGUUAAUAAAAGGACUACUUACGGAGCUAUCGCUGACUAUGGAUGUAAAGACAAUUACACGCUCGUUGGUGAUACUAGCAGAAGGUGUGGUGAUGGAGGUAUUUGGAGUGGACAUCAACCUAAGUGUCUUUUUGAUUGGUGUCCUGAACCACCAGAAAUAAAUGGUGGGUUGGUGAUAAAAACAGGUAAACGUGCCGGUUCAACGGCAACUUAUACAUGUCAAAAUGGUUUUAUUCUUUUUGGAGAUAAUGUUCUUACAUGUAAUGUGGGAGGAGGAUGGUCUGGCAAGGGUCCACAAUGUAAAUUUAUUGAUUGUGGUGCACCAGCGCAAAUCGAAUAUGGAGAAGUUAAUCUUUUAAAUAAAACGACAACAGUUGGUAGUAUUACGGUGUACACUUGCCAAGAUGAUUAUUGGCUUGUUGGUGAAGCUAGACAUGAAUGCACAAAAGAUGGAAAAUGGAGCCAUAAAGCUCCUUCAUGCGAAUUAAUUACCUGUGAAGAACCAGAAGUACCAGAUGGAAGCUAUGUCGUUGGAUAUGAUCUAAACAUUCACAGUACAAUAGAAUAUCAUUGUGAAGCCGGUCAUCUUCUUAACGGUGAAGCUAAGCACGUUUGUCAGAAAAAUGGAGAAUGGUCCGGUCUCGUACCUGCUUGUGAAUACAUUGACUGUGGAAAAGUAUUGCCGGUUCUGAAUGGCGCAGUAGAUUAUGUCAAUGAAACAACACACUUAGGAAGUGAAAUAACGUAUAGUUGUACUAAAAACUAUCGAUUGAACGGAAUAACCAGACGUUAUUGUCUCGAUAAUGGACAAUGGAGCGAUGCUACUCCUAAAUGUGAAGAAAUACGUUGUCCAGAACCAAUAUUGGCUGAGCAUGGAAUAUUAUCAGUUACCGGUAAUGAUAGAAUGUAUGGAAGAACGUUAGUACGUACUGGAACGGCGGAAAAUUCAAAUACUGGCGCAACGUCGUAUAAAAUAGGUGCUUUGGCUAAGUACAGAUGUGAAAGAGGCUACAAAGUUGUUGGCGAGCCAUUAUCUACGUGUGAAGAUAAUGGAAAGUGGAGUGGUGAAGUACCUCAAUGUAUCUUCGUGGAUUGCGGUAAACCUGAUAGUAUUCUUCACGGCGAAUAUACUUUGACCUCAAAUGCAACUUACUACGGCGCUGCUGCACUUUACGUCUGCGAUUCAAAUUAUGAUCUCGAUGGAUUUGCCCGGAGAUUGUGCCUCGAAAAUGGUACCUGGAGUUCUGAGACACCGACUUGUCGGGAAAUAAGAUGUCAAGACCUGGAACAAGUUUCCCCGCUUUCAAUCCAGGUUUCAACCCACAGUAUUGGUGGUGUAGCGCUCUACAGUUGCCCACGGGGUUAUUAUAUGGAAGGUAAUGAGACAAGAGUUUGCUUGCAGAAUGGAUCUUGGAGUGGUUUUAUCCCAGCUUGUUUUGCGAUGGAUUGCAAGCAUCCGGGGUCAAUUGAGAAUGGUAGAAUUAUCGUAGUGAACGGAUCAACUUUGUAUGGCGGAGCUGCUGAGUAUCAUUGUUUGCCCCUGUUUGAACGAGUAGGACCAUUCCUGAGGAAGUGCUUGGACACUGGAAUAUGGAGUGGAGAAGAACCACGAUGUGAAAUGAUUUCCAACGAAAUAGCAGAGGCUCAAGGUGUUGGUACAAGUGUUGGCAUUGGAGCUGGAGUUAUCAUUUUUAUUUUAUUAAUUCUUGGAUUAGUUUAUUUAAGAUUACGCAAAGCAACACCGGUAAAAAAUACAGAAAAUAUCCAAGCAGCUGAAAGAAAAGAAGAUCAAAAUGCAGCUGUAAUGUCAUAUUCUAGUUUAAAUGAUGGUACAAGCAAUAGAAUGUAUGAAAAUGUUCCUGAAGAUGGUCUUUAUGACAGUCCUUACAGUGGCAGUGGAAGCACAUAUGGAUAUAGUAGACAAAACGGAAGAACCUACAAUCGAUCUGGCUAUUACGAAGCCGAACCACCUCCUAGAAAUGGUAUCACCAUUAAUGGUGUUACUGUUCGAUAAUAAAAUAUGUAAAAAAAUAAAAUAAUUUAGUUUAAAUUAAA